AUGAACAUCAGAAGUUGCGUGCUUCAGACGUGUGCUGAUCACAGACUCAUCCCUCGUAGAACCAACUUCCGGAACAGCAAAAGUCGCUCACCGACCUGGUGCCCACCAAAGAACCAGUCCCGAAUCCAACUAGACCGUCAGUUAUCGGUGGCUUCUCAGUUAUCCGCAGCGUGGACUCCGAUCAUGCGCUUGUACGAUGCUGCCUUUCACUGCGCUUUUCAGGUCUACCAAAACCACACACACACACACCACCUUCAGAACGAGCUAUCUGUGAACAUAUCCCUUACAAUUCAAGGGAAAUCACAGGAAAUUGUGGAAAACUUUACAUACCUUGUCGGUAGUUGUAUUAGCUCUAAUGCAAAUGUGUGUGGUGAAGUCAGUUCAAGAAUCUCAAAGGCCGAAAUCACGUUUCGUCAAAACGGUGUAUCACUGGGUCUUGACGAUCGCGUGCACCAGGCUACAGUAAGGGCUGUUUUGUUGUAUGGGCGUGAGACAUGGCCUUUGUGGAACGAUGAUAUGAGACAACUUCAGGUUUUUGAGCACCGAUGCCUCAGAAGCGUGACUGGUUUUGGAUGGCGUCAGCGGAUUAGUAACAAGGGAUUGAAAAACGAGUAUUUGGUUGUCCGUGGAAAACAUCCAGCAUCAUCGACUACGAUGGCUCGGUCAUGUGCUACGCAUGCCGAAACACCGUCUACCGAGACGAAUGUUAUUCUCCGUGCUUCCUUCAAAAUGGCGCAACCAGCGAGGUGGACAGCGCAUGACUUGGCAGAAAGGCGUGAAAAAGAUCACGAAAAUAUGGGUGUUGUUGGUGUUUGUGGGGUCCCCGGGACCCCGUCUGUGCUUGGCUGGAGAAGUUGCAAGAAACGGCGGCUAAUCGAUGUCAGUGGCGUUCGUGCUGUCAGUUUCUUUCCAGAUUGUCUGAUUGAGCGAUUGAAGAGUGGUGGUCAACAUUUGACAUGGCUGAGGGGCGUGAGAGCGACUUUGAAAUGUAAUUCCGCUGCGGAUCACCUUCCGGGAUGGAGCUCACGUUAUUCUCACUGUUUUUGGUUGGAAAUGAUGCAAGAUAUGGCUGCUAAUCGAUAUCACUGGCUUACUUUUCAUGAGUUUCUGUUCAGGCGAAAUACACUCAUUUGCAAGCUAAUUUGGUUUUUCGAGCGACUCACCCGGAACCUAGCUGAAUCUCUCGUUUGUGAUAUUUCCAGGCAACUGAAUGUGCUGCAUCAGUUUCAAGUAGAUCAUAAGGUGACGGAAACUAAGGGGAACUGCGCCUGCCUGAUGAGCCCAAGAAUGGCGAAACCGGUCGUGGGCUGUCGAUGGAUUUUCAGCAACCUUAUGAGUAGAACUGACUUUUUGAAUGAGAGUAAUUCGCAAAUCGAUUUGGUUUUCACAAGAGACUCAGGUGAAUCUCUCGUUUAUGAUAUUCUACAACUGAAAGUGCUGCACACUGGCCGCCCCAUGUUUCAGUUGCAUAUUUUCAUAAAGGAAACUACUCACAAGGUUGCUGAAAACUCUCCGACAGCCCACGACCUGUUUCGCCCUUUCACUUCGGGCUCAGGAGGUAGGCGCAGUUCCCGAAUUUCCGUCAACCUUAUGAUCUACUUGAACCCAAAUAGGACUGUUUUGGAGAACAACACUCAUUUGCAAUCAAUUUGGCGAAACCGGUCGUGGGCUGUCGAAGAGUUUUCAGCAACCUUGCUGAACGUAUGGUUAAUUUGA